UACUGGCUGCCUAGGCAAAGGAGAGAGAGGGGAACAGGGAAUCCCAAGAAACCCCAAGAAACCUCCGUUCGCGGCGGACGAGCGGUCAGCGGCGAGGGUCCGGCACUCCGGCAGCGCCGUCCCGUGGACUCCUAUCUCCUCCGAUGGCCGCACUGGCGGAGACGACUGUAGGGGGGAGCGACCUGCGCUCCUUCCUGGCCAAGCGCGGCGUUGACACUGCCGAGGUGGACGACCAGGCUCUCAAGGAGCUGGACAAGAAGUACAUCAUCGCCAGAGACCUCGCCGCCGACACGGUGCUCUCCAAGAUCCAGAACCUGCUGGGGCUGAGGCACAAGGAAGACAGCAUCGUCGCCUACGAAGGCCUGACCUACCAGCUUCCGUCUCGUGGCAUGGAGCAGCAGGAGUACGAGCCCCUGCUCCGGCAGCUCUGCCUGCGCCGCGGCAAGGUCGAUUGUUGCGCGGUCAGCGACCCCAAGACCUCGCGCUGGGCCAAGGCCAUCACGGCUGUGCUCUCCGCGGUCCAGAAACAACUCCUCCGUGGCGAGCGCACCAGCAGCCAGUUCCUGUGCUACGGAGAUAAGCUCUUCGGCAAGGGGCACAAGACCGUGGAUGAUGCUCUGCUUGACAUAUGCUGCCUGCUCGAGUGCACAUGGGAAUCUCUCAAUUUGCAUCACGCGUCUCAGGGCAUGGUCAUUGGGCCAGUGAUAUUCACAUGGGAAGACGGCGAAGUGAUCCCUUGCAGGUCCUUUGGUUCGUCUGGAGCCUAUAUACAGCCGAAAUUCUCUAAGAUUACUGCCGCACCAGGUGCAGAGGUCAACUUCGUCCUGGUAGUCCAGGGGGCUUCUGUUUUCGACACUUUUGCCAUGGGACGGGGCGACCUAUUCCUCCGUGAAUUCAGCUGCGUGCUCGUCACAGGCGGCGAUGGGCAACCGGAUAUCACCACUCGGGCUUUCUUGCGCAAACUUAAGGAUCAACUGUCUGUCCCUGUGUACGCGCUCGUCAAUCCGGAUCCGGAGGGGCUCUCCAUCUUCUGUACAUACAAGUAUGGAUCGCCGGAGGGGCCAUUUGACAACGCGGGUCUUACCGUUCCUGACAUCAAGUGGAUCGGAGUGCAUUUAGGUGAUGCUCUUGAUCUUGACAUCGAAGAUGCGCUGCCGCUCACCAAACAAGACGUGUCGAUUCUGGAAGGAUUAUGCGCCAACAAGUAUGUAAUGGGUGAUGACCUAUUCAGGACCAGCAUACAUUUCAUGUUGUACAGGGGGUUGAAAAGCAAGAUCGAAGCUUUGUUCUAUCGUCAGUGCCCUCCUUCCGACUACAUCCGCAAAGAAAUUAACAAUCACGAGGACAUCUGAGUAGUAGCUCCUUGUGUUAACUUUGGUGGAUACACAUCUGUGUAGUUUGCCAUGUUGAAUCUGGUAGGAUAUGCAUUUAGUUUUAUGCUGGGUGUGCGAUCUAUGGUUACUACUAGAUCGUGGAUGACUCUUGGUGCCUUGUACGCACACUUUUUUGUCCCAAUCUAGGUUAUUUGUUAUGUUAUAUGGCAUUAACCAAAUUGUUCCUGGCUUAGCUCUUCUGUCAUGAGGAAGCCUAUAUUUUGGUUCACCUGAAAUCAGAUUGCAAGACGAGCAUCUUUGGCAUGUUUGUGGUGAAAAUUUCAGAGGUGGGGUGUUCUCUUCA